GCAGCGAUGGCCAUACACACGAACCUCCACUGUCCCGCACCACCCCUUCCUCUGCUCUGCCUCCACUCUCCGCAGCCGCCGUGUUCUGCUGUUCGCCUCCACUAGCUACCUGCAAAUUUGAGUACGCUCAAAUUUAGAGUUAGUUCAAAGCAUCACACAAUUUGGAUUGCAGUUUGCAGCUCCGAUCCCCAGGUUUUCCAGAGGUGGUAACCAGUGAGAAAUCUUGCUCCUACUCAUGGAGGUGGUCACGGGUGUCAUGAGAAGCCUGCUCCCCAAACUUGGUGAGCUGCUCAUGGAUGAGUACAACCUUCACAAGCGCGUCAAGAAAGACAUCCGCUUCCUCUCCAGGGAGCUAGAGAGCAUGCACGCUGCCCUCCUCAAGGUUGGUGAGGUGCCACGGGACCAGCUCGACAAACAAGUGAAGCUCUGGGCCGAUGAGGUCAGGGAGCGCUCCUACAACAUGGAGGAUGUCGUCGACAAGUUCCUCGUACGUGUUGUUAGCAAUGACAUUGGUGCCAACUCAGAUGGUUUUGUGAGGCUCAAGAAGAAGAUGGUUAGCUUGUUCAGGAAGGGCAAGAAUCACCAUCGGAUUGCCGACGCGAUCAAGGAUAUCAAAGAGCAAAUCCAGGAGGUGGCUGCUCGGCGUGACAGGAACAAGGUUGAUGGUAUUUCGCUUAAGCAUACAGGGGCAGCAACUAUUGAUCCUCGCGUCCAGGCUCUGUACACUGACAUGACAAAGCUUGUGGGCAUAUAUGGGAAUAGAGAUCAAGAGCUCAUAAAAAUGCUCUCAUUAGGGGAUGAUGACGUCUCUAAGAAGAAACACAAGAUAGUACUCUCAAUUGUUGGGUUUGGAGGAUUGGGCAAGACUACUCUCGCCAAAGCAGUCUACAACAAAAUCAAAGGGGGUUUUCAUCGGCGGGCUUUUGUUUCGGUGGGUCGAAAUGCCAAUGUGAAGAAGGUUUUCAGAGACAUCCUCAUUGAUCUUGGCAAGUCUAACUCAAAGAUCCUGACAUUAGAUGAAAGACAGCUUAUUGACGAGAUUCUGAAAUGCUUCAAGAACAAGAGGUACCUUGUUGUAAUAGAUGAUAUAUGGGAUACAAAUCUAUGGGAAAAGUAGCUGCCAUAUUAAGCUUAAGGAUGUGGGGAACUUAUUCCACCUGAGAUUCCUAGGCCUAGCGGGUGUUGGUAUUCUUGAACUGCCAAACGAAAUAGGAAACCUACAAUUUUUACAAGUUUUGGAUGUAAGAUGGAAUCCUGAUCUGGAAAAGUUACCGGCUACUGCUUGUAAGCUGAGAGGAUUGAUGGUCCUAGAUAUUGACGAUAGGUGCAAGUGCAAGUGGCUUCAGGGUGGGCUAGGGAAUCUUACAUCCAUGGAAGUGCUGAAGACGAAAAGUGCCUCCCUGAACAUUGUGCAAGAGCUCAGCAGUCUGGGAAGAUUGAGGGAGCUCGAGAUACAAUUUAACGAUGAGAGUGCGGAGUUGGAGGAGGCCUUUGUGGAGUCUAUAUGCAGCCUGCACGGCAUUCAGAAUCUAGUUAUCAACGGGAAUUUCAGAUCGCUGGAUUUCUUGUCGCAAUGUUGGGCGCCCCCCGGAUGUCUCCGUGGAUUUGACUCCUACAUAGCAGGCGGCAGUGAUGUUCAGCCUCGGUCUGCGGGUGGCAAAUGAAGAUGGCCACUGGGAUUGCAACUUGGGGCUCCAAGGGAACCUGCCCUCGCUUCGGAAGGCUGUUAUUACUAUCCAAAGUGUUGGAGUCACGGCUGGAAGAGCCAAGCAAGCCAAGGCGGCAGUGAUGCACGCACUCCGCGCCCACCCCAAUCAUCCUUGCAUUACCGUAAAUAUGUGGCCGGAUAUACUGCAAAGGUACAAACACCUACUUCCUUUACCUUUUUUUUUGUGAUGAUUAAUUAAAUUUCUUGGUGCCCUGCUCACGCACUUGUGUGUUUCCUUUUUAAUGGGUGCCUCGCCUCGUUCACAUAUAACUGACCUCAUUCCUCGCUUUGAUCUCCAAAUCUUCCCAAGCCACUGGUGUCCUGUUGAUUACAAUCUUCUUUUAUGAACUUAGUACUUUGGUUCUUGGGCAUGCAACAAUAACUAUUGUCCACGGACUGACAUCUAUAUGAUCAGCCACCUAUAUAUACAUACCGCCAUAGGAUGCUGGAUGGGGGAUGAGAAGCAUUGGAAAUGUAUUUGGUCAAUCAAUUCAAGCCCCCCAGCAAGAUGACCAUAGUGCUCUGGCGCUUUGCGCAUCUGCUGGGCAUAGACUAUGCAGGCGUGGCAUUCCGGAUGAUUAAUUCCUCAUGUAUCUUCUGUGGUCGUGAUGAACAUGUGGAGCAUGGUUUCUUCUUGUUGUUGAUUUGCGCGAGAAGUUUGGGGUCAACUGUAGAAUCUGUUUGGUAUUCUCCUGCGGAAGAAGGCAUUCAUUCUGCUCACCAAACCAAUGGUGGACCGUGCCAAUCCUCAGCAGGUUACAGUUUUGGCGGCCGUGGUGUGGCACAUCUGGGAAUCCCACAAUGCAGCACACAAUGGCGAGCGAUCCCCUGAGGCCCUGACCUGAGCAGCAGCAUCUUCAAGGCAAGGACCUAUAUUGAUUUGAUCUUGAUCUUUCAGCAUUUGUUCAAGCCCGGCUUGGCACUCGGUGAGUCCACCCCCACCUGCUUCGGUCGUUGUCAAUGUGGAUACUGCUGCAGUUUCUCAGCUCCUCGUAAAGUGGCUGCCGGAGUCGUGAUUCGUGACCACAAUGAUACAUGCUUGGUUGCCUCCAGCCAACCCCCUUAUCGGUGUCGCGACUCUAGAGUUGGCAGAAGCCUGGGCCCUUCGCUGCGCUCUCUCUCCUGCACUCGAUGAAGGUUUCUACAGUUAUACUCUACCAUGUUUCACUCUCGAGGAAAGACUGCAACCGGCCUUCUCAUCUUUGUCUUCCAGCCGUGUUGGUCGUUCUCUGAAUGCUUCAGCACACAUCCUGGCUUAGAUCUCGUGAAUAGAACCUUGUAGUAUGUUUCGAACCCGACUAGUUUGGAUGGGAUAUGUUGGUCGAUCCUAGUUUGGUUUCAUUAAUGAAAUCGGAGGGAAACCCCCUCUUUCAUAAAAAAAAAAGAGAUCUCGUGAGCCUGAUGUGAAUUCUAGUAUUGUAUAUUCUGCUCUGGAUUCUAUCCGGGAAACUUUGUGCAUUGAUGUUGUAAUCAAUAAAGUUGCUACAUCUCG